AUGCGCAUACGUAUAGUGGGCGUGGACGAAGAGUGGGCGGGCUACUGCUGCACGUACGACGUACACGUACACACCAGCGCUUGUCUCUUUCCAGAGGGAGAAAUGGAGAAUGUGACGACUCUAACUGCCGCCAGAUUGGCGGGGAAGAUAUGGGGGGACGUCCGGCCGCUGUUUUACCUCGAGCUACCGUCCACCAGCAGCUUCCAGCACGUGACCGAGGUCCCAGACUACCUAAAACAGGUGACACCUUAUUUCUUUGCCAUGAUAUUGUUGGAGGUGUUCAUAAGAUGGAUGAAAGGAAUGCCGAGAGUUCGUUUCAACGAUUCCAUCAACUCUCUCAGUGCUGGAUUAUUUUUGCUCCUCGCUAAGAUACUGCUGGGGGGUAUAGACAUCAGCCUCUACGUGUGGGUUCACUCGCGGUUCUGUGUGUACGAACUGCCGUGGGAUUCGGCCCUGACGUGGAUCGUUGCUCUCCUGGGUGUCGACUGCGGAUACUACUGGUUUCAUCGCAUGGCUCACGAGGUGAACCUGUUCUGGGCAGCUCAUCAGACACACCACAGCUCAGAGGACUACACCCUCUCCACCGCACUUCGUCAGUCAACCUGCCAAGUCUUUACCUCCAUGGUAAACGGAGGGAGGGGGAGAUGGGGAAAUUGGAACCUCUCUCUGUGGACACCCCUGAAUACGGAGCACACCUUUCUCUAAUAAGCACACCUCAAGAACAGUAAUGUUUUACCAACCCUCGAAAAAGGACACCUCACUAACAUGGCACCUUUUUUCUGUCCCAUUUGGUGUCUAGAUUAGAGGGGUUCCAUUGUUAACAAUGGCUCUAGCAAAAACAUUUUUGACGUGAUUUUUCUUGUGUAGUUUGUGUAUCUGCCUCUGGCGCUGUUCCUACCUCCAUCGCUCUACUUCACCCACAAGCAGUUCAACCUGCUUUACCAGUUUUGGAUCCACACAGAGGUCGUCGAUCGUCUGGGGGUACUGGAAUGGGUGUUGAACACUCCGUCUCAUCAUCGCGUCCACCACGGUCGCAACCCUUACUGCAUCGACUGCAACUAUGCUGGUGUUCUGAUCAUCUGGGACAGAAUGUUUGGAACCUUCCAACCAGAGCGUCGCGAGGAAAAGGUGGUGUAUGGUCUGGUCCACCCACUCUCCUCAUGGAACCCCUUCUUGGCACAGAUACACCACUAUGUAUACAUCGCGAGGAGACUGGUGCGGGGGGAGAAAGGAGAGGGCCUCGCCUUCAAACUGCAGUUCCUUUUCAAAGGUCCCGGCUGGUCGCCAGGGAAACCACGCCUCGGUCUUCGACAAGAUAUUCCUCAGGUUUUUCCAGAUGAAAAACCAUAUGAUGCAACGGUGCCGUUCUGGCUGAAUGUCUACGUCGCUAUACACUUUGUCAUUUUGCUGAUAAUUGCUAGGGUCAUUGGAGAAAUACACAGGGGUCUCCCUUGGCUUCAGACGGUGGCCCUGGUAUCCUACUGUAUGUUCUCACUCACUUGUCUCGGACUAUUCCUCGAGCGUAACCCCAGGGUCGUUCCCAUGGAGAUGACCCGACUGGCUGUGCUUCUCACAGCACUUACUCAGAGUUCCACUGUUUUCGCUGGUGCAUCGUCAGUAUCUCUGGUAUUCUCUCAUCCUGUCAUCCUCAUUAUACCAGUUGCCACGUCACUGGCACUAUGGAGCUUCAAACUGCUGUCUGGCCACGUCCUGACCACACCCACAACAACUAAGACCGAUUGAAGACAAACUAUGUGCUAAUGGACACAGUUAUCCAACCUUUUUUGUUACUACACAGGUUUUUUGAUUUAUAUAUCAGUGUAUGUGUGAGAAUUGUUCAUUAUCUCUUCCGGUGCGCAUGCGUAUUAAAUUUUGACCUUCGACCUGUCCACGUGCGCCGCCGGCAAUGGAGGAGGGAGACAAAGUCGUGGAUUGUGCCUUCACAGAGAGAGCGAAAAAGAAAGUAAAGCAGCAGAAGAAAGCCGUAAGAAGAGGCGGAGAAGACGAGAAAGAUGAGGAGGCGCAUGAAGAGCUUCCUCCGCCGAGAGAGCGCGGUGUUAUAUAUCUGGGGCACAUUCCGUACGGUUUCUUUGAAGAUGAGAUGCGGAGUUACUUCUCGCAAUUUGGUACCGUCACCAGACUCAAGCUAUACCGCAGCAGGAAGACUGGAAGAUCCAGAGGUUAUGCUUUCGUGGAAUUCGCAUUCCCCGAAGUUGCGCAGAUCGCUGCCGAGAGCAUGAACAACUACCUCAUGUGCAACAAACUGCUCAAAUGUCACGUUGUGGAACCGGAGAAGGUGGGGAAAAGGAUGUUGACGCCCGACAGAAGAGUAGACAUCAAGAGAAAAAACUCUGAGAGAGGCACAGAGAACUCACAACAGACCUCGAACGGUGUCGGAAGUGCAGAAGAGGUGACGCGUUCUGUAUCCCGAGAGCAACGGAAAAGAGGAGAAGAGCUGGCAGAGUUGGGUCUAGACUACCAGUUCACUGGUUACCGCAGACUAUGUGACACUACCGCUACUGCAAAGACCUCGACCCACAUUAUCUUCGCUGACGAGGGGGCAGAAGAGGAGGAGGAUGAGGGGAGUGAGAAGGAACUAAUCAUUGAAGGGGCAGAGAGUGAAUGAAAGAAUUUUUUCAAUAUCACCAUAAUUAUUUACAUUUGUUACAGAAUGGAUUUUAUUAAAGGGUGGGCGGAUGUAUCAAACGUCGCAGUAGGUC